GGACUAGGCUGCGGGAGCGCGUGAGGACGAGGGGAGCACAAUUUGCAUUGGAGCCAGCUUGGGCUCCCCAUUGCCAUUCUUGAUACAUAUACGCUUGUAAUCACCACACGUACCUGUACCAACCACACCGGAACGAAAGCAGUCCUUGCUCUAUCCAUCCACGCAAGCACAAGACUUCGCGAGAAUGCUGUUGAACCGUCAGUCUCCCGCUGUCCAGCACUCAUACCACAGGCGUGCAAGUGUGACUGGCGUUGUCAGGCGUGCUCGCUUGACAACGGCGAUUGUGCGCGCGGAUGCCAGCACCACCUCGGUGCCAGCUGUAGAGGCGAAGCCUCUUUAUGACAACCUUGAUGUGGCCUGCACGAACUACCGCCGCGCUCCUUUCUCGAUGCGGAUUGAGUUCAGCGGGCCUGUGAAGGAGGCGUUUGACGACCUGCAGGGAAAGGGCGUGCUGCGCAAGUGGGGCAGCGCGCUGACUGACGCCGUGCGCCGCCGCAACGUGUUCAUUGGAGAGCUGCGUCAGGUGGGCAUCAAGAGCCCGGACACAAUCGCCAUUCCCUCGGUGCGCAAUGACGCCGCCUUCCUGUUCUCGGUGGUGGCCACCACCUCCGUGGCGGCGGUGGCGGCGGGCCAGCUGCCCGGCGACUGGGGCUUCUUCAGCUCCUACCUCAUCGGCGGCAUCACGCUGGUGGUGCUGGCCAUCGGCUCCACUGCACCCGGGCUGCUGUCAGUGGUUAUUGACCGCUUCAGCCAGCUCUUCCCCGACUACAAGGACCGUGUGCUCAAGCACGAGGCGGCGCACUUCCUGCUGGGGUACCUGGUGGGGGUGCCCAUCACCGGCUACUCGGUCGAGCUGGGCCGCGAGCACACCGAGUUCGCCGAGGCCAAGAUACAGCAGCGCAUCAUCGAGCGGCAGCUGACGGACGAGGAGAUUGACUCGCUGGCGCUGGUGGCGGUGGCGGGCAUGGCGGCGGAGGGGCGCGAGUACGAGGAGGUGAUGGGCCAGACCGCGGACCUGUACGACCUGCAGCGCCUGCUGCUGCGCUCCAAGACCAAGCUCAGCGACGCGCAGCAGCAGAACAUCACGCGCUGGGCCGUGUGGAGCGCGGCGGGGCUGCUGCGCAGCCAUGCCGAGGAGCACAAGGCCCUGAUUGAGGCGAUGCGGCGAGGGGCGAGCGUGGCGGAGUGCGUGCAGGUCAUUGAGUCGGCCGGUGGGUCAAAGUAGGCGCGAGGUGCGACGCGAGGCGCAAGGCAUUUCCACGAAUUGCUAGCAGCGUGGCGUAGGUUGAUUAGGGGUGGCCAAGGUUGGAGGGGUGAGGCUCUGGGUGCGGGCGGUGUUUCCUGGGGACUGUGUUGCUGCAGUAAGAAACAGGGGACGGGGGACUAAGGGAUGUCUCAGGCGCAAGCGAGUAGAGGCGAGGCAGUAGUGCUGUGCAACAUACACAGUAGGCCUGUGCGCGUAGGUAGGCAGCAGGGGCAAAGGUGGCAUUUCAUGUAUGGCCUCAGUAUAUAUGUGUUAUUGCGCCAAUGUACGGUAAUCGAGGUGACAGCCUCGUGCCACGGCUCCCCACACGCCAUGGUUCAUGGGCCAUUCACUGACUUCGACCAGGGCAGGCGUGCAGUACCGUACAUGCGGCCUUAAAGCCGGGAGGCGCCUCUUGCACGCGUUAUUGCCGUACAAUAUAUAGUCCAUAUCGUAAGAGGCAGUUGCUUUACACUACCGUACGUGGACCUCGCCGGUCCACCAGGCGCGCGUAGGUGUACAUACAUACAUGUCAACGUGCGGCUGGCGGUUACACAGGGUUCUGUAGGGUAUGCGGCGGGUGGUCUGUGUCCGGGCUAGCUCACAUGGAGAUUGGAGAGGGUAAAGAUCAGUGGUACGACGGGAAGGGGCAAGGGAAGUAAGAAACAAGUGACGCCCAGCCCAGCCGCCAAUGAUCGUGGAAAUGCGUCGCUCCCGCGUACGGUUGGGAUCAGUGGGAGGUGGAGACACGCACUGAGCCGCUGGUGACAAGCGAUCGAGCUUGUGCUCUCGCUCGCUCCUAGGCCCAGCAGCAGGGCUCCUAUCUUAAUGUCUCCAGACAUUAAACGGCCAUUUUGGCCAUUUUCCAGACAAACGGAGGGGGGGGUUCACGCACGCUUUUGAACAAAACAAGCGGUGUCUGAGGAGAGGCAAACUCUACCAUAGUGACAUAUAUAUUUUGUAGAAAGUGAGGGAAUGUCAUGGUCCUUUAGGAGAUUUUCGGCGAUAUGACGAGGAUGAAGGACACCCCGAUCAAGUCUUCCUUUUUGCAGAUGCGCAGAGCCGGUGACGAGGAUUUGCCGGGGAUGCCGCAUUUUAAGUCACGCAGAGUUGUCAGGGGUGCAAAGCCCGCUGCAACUCCUUCCACAGUCCAUGGUCCAGCUAACCCGCGCACAGUGAAGAAAAGCUGAGACGAUAGAGGUCAGGAAUGAACAGAAGUCAGGGAUGGACCCCGUGCACGGGCGGAACCGUGGAGCUGCGGAGGGGUUGAAGAAAACAGGCAG